GCUUUUGCUGAUGUAGUUCCCACUAACUAGGUCAGUCAAUGAAAUCAGCUGCCAAGGCAAGAUCUGCUGAAUGUUGGAAAAGCUGUGGCUGCAUCGGGGUUUGGGUUUUUGGUUGGUAAAGGAAAGUCAUCUCUGGGUCUCUCCAGGGCAGUUUCUGCAGAGUGGAGCUUAAACAAUGGGAUCUGAGAGAGCAGUUACAGAUGGGAAAGAAGCAGCUGGAGCCUUAUGUUUCCUUUUUCCCCAGCCUCAACUCCUGAUAGCCAUACGAGGGACACCAAAGCUGCGGCAGCCCAACCGAUUCUCGUCUUCCCUGCGUAACUUCCUGAGGCACUGCCUGCGGACAGACGCGGCACGGCGCUGGUCUGCCAAGGAGCUCCUGCAGCAUCCAUUUGUAACAUCAGCCAAGCCAGCGUCCACCCUGGUACCACUCAUCAACUCAGUGAAGAAGGAGAAGAAGAAGAAGACAAGAAUCUAACAGUCAAGAUAUUUUUGCCAUAACCAAGUUAGAGUAGGAUUGUAGAGUAGGACUCUAGAGUAGGAUUAUUGAGUUGUUUUGUAGUAUAGGUUUAUAGAGUAGGAUUGGAAUUAAAUAAAGUUUCUGAAGCAUCAA